AUGCAAGCAACGAAAACCAGAUCGGCAGAAGGUAGCAACUCAACCGAAAGCUACCGCUUUGCUGUUAAUCACUAUUCAAAAUCAGUGGCUGGUCUGCGGGCUGCCCUCAACCAGUUCGCAAGCCUACCAAACCUCCGACACAGCAUUCUAUGGACCACUCACUUGCUGGGAUUGUUUGAGCUUAUGAGUGAUACAACCGGCCAGGGCUGGGUCCAGCAUCUUGUUCACGGUACAUCCAGUGCUCUUGUUGCUAUUGGUCCACUGGCCUUUCAAUCCGGCCUGGGGAAGAGGUUCUUGACAGAAAUCAGGAUAUUUGAAGUUUGUAGAGCCAUCAUAUUUAAUGAGCCUACAUUUCUUGCAAAUCCAGGAUGGCAAGACCUUUCAGCAAAGUUGCAAGGCGUGGAAGAUGAUGGCCAGUCACACCCCCUCGAUGCCCUUCUGGGAAAAAUCGUCUUGUGCUCGACGCUACGAGUUCGAGCAAGCAAUCUCAUCUGCUCACUUCAAGACGGCCAGUUAGCUGGCACACCCGAUGAAGCCCACGGCAUCGCUGUAGAAGGAUUUCGCUUGAGACAAGCCCUUGCACUUUGGCAAGCAAACCGCAGAGUAUCUACGCCAACGUCAAAUCCCAAAGGCGAAACAAUUGCAGACGAUGACUUUCUAUCCCUAGCAGAAGUCUUUUUCUCAGCAACAAGCAUCUACCUCUCAGGAGUCUUCGACUACGAAAUCGUCCACUGGCAAAACAUGAGCAUCCCAGUUCCAAACCUGAGCGAAGAAGAGAUCCAGACGCACGUGUCUACCAUUCUUGUGCUUAGUGGCAUGAUUCUCGACAACUCCAAGAUAUCUCCCGUGCUUGUCCUGUUUCCUUUGAGAGUCGCUGGCGCGCGUUCAUGGGACCAAUGGCAGCAUGAUUGCAUUAUUGAACUUUUGGAAAGGAUUGAGCAGACUUUUCCGGUGGCUGCUGCUUUUAGGAUGGAUCUGGGAGCGCUCUGGGCUUCUAGAUAA